AAUUUUCCUUCUCAAAAUUCAGAAAACCACACCAGUUUCGUCUCUACCGCUUGCGCUUUUCAAUUAGGAAUUAUCAGAUUCCAUAACCCAAAGGAGAAGGGGAAGCGAAAACAAAAAAAAAUUAUGGGUGCGAGCAGUGAUCCGAAUCAAGACGGGUCAGAUGAGCAGCAGAAGCGGUCGGAGAUCUACACCUACGAAGCCCCCUGGCACAUCUACGCCAUGAACUGGAGCGUCCGCCGAGACAAGAAGUACCGCCUCGCCAUCGCCAGCCUCCUCGAGCAGUACCCUAACAGGGUCGAGAUUGUCCAGCUCGAUGAUUCCAACGGCGAGAUCCGCUCCGACCCCAACCUUUCUUUCGAGCACCCCUAUCCGCCCACCAAGACCAUGUUCAUUCCUGAUAAGGAGUGCCAGAAGCCUGACCUCUUGGCCACUUCCAGUGAUUUCCUCCGCUUGUGGCGUAUUGGCGAUGACCAGUCGCGCGUCGAGCUUAAGAGCGUGCUUAAUGGUAACAAGAGCAGCGAGUUUUGUGGGCCUCUCACUUCCUUCGACUGGAAUGAGGCGGACCCCAAGCGCAUCGGCACUUCGAGCAUUGACACUACCUGCACCAUCUGGGACAUCGAACGUGAGACCGUCGACACUCAGCUCAUCGCUCACGAUAAGGAGGUUUAUGACAUCGCCUGGGGCGGCGUCGGUGUUUUCGCCUCCGUCUCCGCCGACGGCUCCGUUAGGGUUUUCGAUCUUCGCGAUAAGGAGCAUUCCACCAUCAUCUACGAAAGCUCGGAACCUGACACCCCCUUGGUGCGACUAGGAUGGAAUAAGCAGGAUCCGAGGUACAUGGCUACGAUCAUCAUGGACAGUGCCAAGGUGGUGGUUCUGGACAUCCGCUUCCCGACUCUCCCUGUGGUGGAGUUGCAGAGGCACCAUGCUAGCGUCAAUGCCAUUGCUUGGGCUCCCCAUAGCUCUUGCCACAUUUGCACUGCUGGGGAUGAUUCCCAGGCCUUGAUUUGGGACCUCUCCUCCAUGGGCCAGCCCGUUGAGGGUGGAUUGGAUCCCAUUCUGGCUUACACUGCAGGGGCUGAAAUUGAGCAGCUGCAAUGGUCUUCUUCUCAGCCUGAUUGGGUUGCUAUUGCCUUCUCUACCAAGCUGCAGAUUCUCAGGGUUUGAUACUUCAAUUCAUAUUCUAUGAAUCUACCUGCAGCAAAAUUCAAUUUGCUAUAUGACAAGCAUCUGGCUAAAUCUCAUCAAUACUGAAUGAGCUCACAAAGCAAAAUGAACAAGCAUAUUCCAAUAGCAAAGUCUGGAUGGAAAGAUUCUGCAAUAUCUUAAGUCACUCAGACUAUAAAACCAAUGGAUGGUUCGACUCUCAAUUUUGGUAAAACGACUGGAAAAUUUUGCGCAGUUAAGUUGCAACCCCCUAUAGCAAUUCUCUUAUAUGGGCCAACUCGUGUUGUUGUAUUUUACUUGCUAAACUCAAACUCAAUUUAAUGGCUGGGAGAGCUUUCUUCUUUCACUACUCUGCAUUGGUUGAAGGUUAUUUACCAUAAUAGGUUUUCACAUUUCAAUGCCUCUAGUUUAAUUAAUGACAAUAUUUUGUACUUCCUUAUUUUUCCAUUAUAUUGUAGUAGAUAUAGCCAAAUUAUGUAGAAUACUACAGAUAUUAAACAUCUGGGCUCUUUGGAGUUGGGGAAAGAAAAUAAAAUUUUCCUUUCCUGCUA